AUGCGCUUCCUUCCCCGCCUCGCCAUCUCAGCUGCCCUGGGCAUCGCCACCUUCCUGAGCUGGAGGCUGCUUCUCCGGAGCCCGGCCGCCGGCCGAGGAGGUGACCUGGCCCCCAAGGCGGAGGAGGGCUUCACUUUGACGCUGGACACCUUCCUUCACGUUCAGCAGCUCAGGAAGAAGAGACUGAGAGCUUUCUGCAGCCGAUCAGGCAAAGUCACCACACUGCCGAGGAGCCGAGAGGAGAGAGCCCGCCUGCUCUCGAGUUUGAGGGUAAGCACCAAGCUGGACCUCCUCUACUGCCAAGUGCCAUCGACGGGGACGGAGGAAUGGCAGCAGCUUUUGGAGAAGCUAGAGGAGAAGGAAAACGUGACGCUUCCGGUGCCGCUUCCCUACCCUCGGCGGCACGCUCUGGAGACGCAGCUGAGCGAGUUCAACCUGACGGCGACAGAGGCCAUGUUAGGGUCUUACACCAAAGUGCUGUUUGUCAGGGACCCUUUCCAGAGGCUGAUCUCCGCGUUCAUGCAAGGCAUGGGCAGCAGCCCUUCCUUCAGCAGCUUUGUUCAGGACGUUUUAGACAGCGGACAGCACAACGCCAGCGUGACGUGGAAACCGCUCGUCAGCCUCUGCCGGCCCUGCCUCGUUCGGUAUGACUACGUGGUGGUGUUCGGCUUCCUCAGGCAGGAGCUUGGUCAUCUGCUGCGGCAGGCCGGGCUGGCUGCGGACAGCCUCCUCCCCGAGUUCACCGACACCCAGGCGAGCUGGACCUACAGCUGGUUAUCAGAGCAGAUGUUCAGCGAGCUGUCCCUCCAACAGAAGCAGAAACUCUCUCAUUUCUACCGUCGGGACCUUUCUGCUUUCCCGUUUUCUAGCAGUUUUCUGUCAGACCUCCUCAGCACCCCAGAGACCUGGUAG